AAUCUAAGAUAGUUUAUGAGAAUCAUAUCAACGGUCUGGAUCACUGAACCAUGGGCCCCACUAGCACAAAGCGUAGAUUGUGAAUAUCCUCGGGCCGAGGAUCCUAUAAUUCCUCCACCAAAGACGGCUCGCUGUUUUCUCUCCUCUGCUCCAUCGUUCCACCUUCGACGUCCAAACUCUCUCCCAAAACCUCCGCCGAAAUCAAACGAAAUCUCCACCGUCCGAUUCGAUGCUGAAACACAGAUCCCGACGCCGCUCCCAUCGCCCGGCCUGAUCCGGAAUCCGCCCUGGUUUUCUCCAUAAUUACGCCCUGCUGCCACUGGAGAGAACAUGGGAGGGGUGACGUCAUCCAUGGCCUCGAAAUUCGCCUUCUUCCCGCCCGACCCCCCGUCGUACGAGGUCGCGGUGGACGAAUCCAAUGGUCAGGCGCGACUGACGGGAGUUCCGUACAGGGAGAGCGUGGAUGUCAUGAAGCUGGUCACGAAGAAGGGGAGCGAGAUCGUCGCGAUGUACGUGCGGAAUGUCGAGGCGGAUCUAACGGUCCUGUACUCGCACGGGAACGCUGCGGAUUUGGGGCAGAUGUACGACCUGUUCACGGAGCUCAGCGUCCAUCUCCGCGUCAAUCUCAUGGGGUAUGACUACUCUGGAUACGGACAGUCAACUGGAAAGGCAAGUGAGCAAAAUACUUAUGCAGACAUUGAGGCAGCUUAUAGAUGCCUUGAAGAAACUUACAGCGUGAAGGAAGAAGACAUCAUUUUAUAUGGCCAGUCGGUCGGCAGUGGCCCCACUUUGGAAUUAGCGGCCCGCUUGCCUCGUCUGAGAGCCGUUGUUCUGCAUAGCCCCAUUCUGUCUGGCCUGCGUGUUAUGUAUCCCGUGAAGCGUACAUACUGGUUUGACAUAUAUAAGAAUAUUGAUAAAAUCCCUCUAGUCACCUGUCCUGUUCUGAUAAUUCAUGGGACAUCAGACGAUGUCGUGGACUGUUCCCAUGGCAAGCAGCUUUGGGAGCUUUGUAAAGAGAAGUACGAGCCACUCUGGCUCAAAGGAGGGAAGCACUGCGACUUAGAACUCUAUCCAGAGUACAUAAGCCAUCUCAAGAAAUUCAUAUUGGCUGUCGAAAGAUCACCCAAUAUCAGAUUUGUUACUACUCCGAGCUCAGAUCUCUCCGAGCCUUCUCGGAAGAGUUCGGACUUUUUCGAGCUCCCUCGGAAGAGCACAGACCAAAGAGAGAAGCCAAGGCCAAGUACAGACUUCAAAGACAAGUCUAGGACGAGCACAGACCGGAGAGAGAAGUCACGGACCAGCACUGAUAAAAGAGAGAAGUCGAGAAGGAGCGUGGAGCGCUCCGAGAAGGCGAGGAACAGCGUGGGCCCACUAGAACGGUCGAGGAACAGCAUUGAUCGGUCGGAUAAAACUGGGAGUGGCUAAGACUUUGGGCGUAUGAUGAGAUCGGUUGGAUUUUGCAAUAUUGAUUGUUUAAAGCACGCCGUUUAUGAGGUCUGAGGGAGACAAAGGUCAGUGAUAGAAAUAAUACCGCUGUAUUAUGAUUUAUAAAUGUUUUGUUAUUGUUGUUGCUACUGAUGUUGUUGGUGUUGAUAAGUUGAGAAGAUUGAUGUGGUAAUGGAAAAUGUAUGUAUUAUGUGUUUUCAAGAGAAGUAUUAGGAAUUUAGUUAAUUUAAUCAGGUUUCAAUUGU